UGAGAAUGUUUUUUAGUUUCAGAUUUUCUUCUCGUUGAUAAGUUACACUCGUCUUAUGCGCCGUAUUCAAGUAAAGGAUAAUGGGGAUCAAGUGGCAUGCACACUGUAUUUUUCAUCUACUAUUCUUUAUUUUAAAUUUUCAAACAAAUAAUGCUGCAGUGAAGAGGAGUAUAGAUAUGUCCGCUGCGUACUCCCUCAAUACAGAUGAUCGUUUACCAAAAAGUGUGCUACCAAUCAGCUAUGAAAUUCACUUAGAGCCUAACUAUGAAGAGUGCACAUUCAGCGGACUUAUUAAAAUAAAAUUGAGCUGGGCUGCAGAUUCGAAAAAGAUUUCGUUGCAUGCUCAUCAUGACUUAAACAUUAAUGACAGAAAAAUUAAGAUGCACAAAAUUAACCAAAAAUACGGUGAUGAAAAUUCUACAGACUAUGUGGCGGUGCUGAGAGGCAGUCGAAUUCCAAAAAAAAAUAUUUAUGUAGUAUAUCUAAAAGAAACAAUUAUGCAAGGUACCGAGUGUACUUUGGAAAUACCUUUUGAUGGAAACAUUUGGAGUAGUGCGGAGGGGUUUUUCACAGGAUCCUAUGAAAACACAACAUAUUUUGCUACUAACCUGCGAUUAAAUAAUGCACAUCGCUUAUUUCCCUGCUUUGAUGAGCCCGGAUUCAAGGUACCGUUUAUUUUCUCUAUUACAAGACCGAAAGAAUUGGUUGCGCUCUUUAAUACACCUUUAAAUCAAAGCACCGAGCACCCAAAAUUAAAUGAAUAUGUUAUCGACUUUUUUGAAAAAACGCCACCAAUGUCAACAUUCACAUUUGGAUUUUUCAUAUCAGCCCUUCAACUAUACAAAAGUACAAAUAUCAUGACGUCCUCUCAACCUAUUAUUCAGAUGUGGACUUUGAAAGACGACGAAAAUCAAUUAGAGGAAACGUAUAUAAAGAUUGUCACCAUUUAUAACAAAAUUAAACAUUACUUUGGGACACAUAUUCCCCUAUCAAAAAUUGAUGUGGUUUGCAUACCUGACUUGCCUCUAGCCCGACCUGUGGAUAAUUGGGGGUUGUUACUUUUUGGAAAAAGAGAUCUUCUUAGAAAAGGACAUUACGACAUAACUCAUGAACUUAUUUAUCAAUGGCUAGGUUCGUGGGUGACGCCCAAUUGGUGGAAUGAUGCCCAUCUUAAUAAAGCAAUUGCUAGUUUUUUGGCGUCUGAUAUUGUAUUAGAGAUUGAUGGAGGCGUUGAAUUUAAUGGAAAAUAUCCAAUGACUACACUGUAUUCAUUGUAUUACGAAUUCAGUAAAAGAUACCCACAUUCACGUAUAACUGGAAUGAAACAAGAGACAAUUUCACAUAAAACAGAGUUAGUAUUACGAAUGCUCAAUUUUACGUUGAGCAAAAAAUCUUUUCAAAAUGGAAUACGAAAUUUCAUUUUGGAAUAUCAAUAUAAGACAUUUUGUGGAGAUGACUUUUGGGAAUCUUUAAACUCACAAUCACUAAAAGAUGGAACACUUAAGCCUCAUUUAAAUGUGGGGGUCAUCGUAAAUACUUGGUUUGCAUAUCAUCGUCUUCCAGUAGUCAAAGUCCUUAGAGAUUACACUGAAAAAACGGCAAUUCUGCAGCAAAAAGUGUAUCUAAGAGAACGGCCGCAUGAUGUUCCAGAACAAGAAAAAAUGCUUUGGUGGAUUCCAAUUCUACUUAAUAGACAAGAUGCUCUGAAUUUUUCAAGUGGUUGUCCUUACCUCUGGAUGGAGAAUAAGAAGCAAAUAAAUAUACAAAAUAUGCCCGAAAAAGAUCAAUUUAUAAUUAUAAAUUAUGAAGAAAUUGCACCUUUUCCAGUUAAUUACGACAAUAAAAAUUGGAAAAUGUUGUCAGAUAUCUUACAAACUGAUAAUGGAAGGAAACAAAUUCCACCAUAUACAAGAGCAAAAUUACUACAUGAUGCUUGGAAUCUUGCUUUUGCAGGGGAUCUUAGUUUUUCAGCUGCCCUAAACAUGACUCUGUUUAUAAAAUAUGAGCGAAACCACAUUGUUUGGAAUCCAGUUUUUACAUUUAUAGAUCAAAUUGGACGACAUAUAGAUGAGUCGGAAGUACACGCAAAAUUUGAGUCCUACGUUAUAUUUUUGUUGGCUCCAUUUUACGAAGAGUUAGGUGAAGAACUCUCAAUCGAAGACAACUGGAAAACUGACAUUCGCACAUUAACCAAAAGGUUCUUAUGCCGAGCUGGUUAUAAACCAUGUAUAAAAGAGGCCGAACAAACUUUUGAAAUUUGGCAGAAUACCACCAACCCGAACCAUGAAUAUCCGGAAGCUUCUCAUUAUUUGUGCCCCAUAUUUAAGUGGGGUUCUCUAGAGAAAUGGCAAUUUGGAUUAGAGCGCGUGAUGCAGUUUCCAAAGUCACGAAAGUUGAGUGAAAGAACACAUUUAUUAAAAGCACUAGCCGGUUGCCCCACACAGCCGGAAAAAAUUGAACAACUUUUAAAAAUAACAAUUCUUGAAGAUCAUUCAAAUUUUACUGAAAACGACAAAUUUUUAAUUCUUACUUCACUAACCAGCGGUUCUAGUCAUUAUUCACUGUUGAAUUUCGUAUCUACAAACUGGAUGACUCUUCGCCAAAAAUUUAAAAAUAAAACUAAUUUAUGGGACCAUUUAAUAGGAUCGGCAACUGGCUUUUUUCUUAACUCAGAAAGGUUAUAACAUGGUCUACAAGUUAAUUGAAGAGCGUGCUGGAGAAUUUGACAGUGCUCAGCAUAUUGUAGAAAAAUCACUCCGAAACAUAAAAGAAGAAACUAAGUGGAGUGAAGAAAAUAUUCCGGUUAUCGAAA